AUUCCUCCUGCGGUUGCUAACCUUUUACAGGAGUACGCUGAUGUCUUUCCCAAGGACUUACCACCGGGUCUUCCCCCGCUCCGUGGAAUUGAGCAUCAGAUCGAUCUCAUUCCCGGCGCACAGCUUCCGAACCGAGCACCAUACCGUACAAAUCCGGAUGAGACGAAGGAGAUCCAGCGCCAGGUGCAGGCGUUGCUUGACAAGGGUUACAUUCGUGAGUCUCUUAGCCCUUGCUCAGUUCCUGUGUUACUUGUUCCAAAGAAAGAUGGCUCAUGGCGUAUGUGUGUAGACUGUCGCGCUAUUAAUAACAUCACCAUUCGUUAUCGAUACCCUAUACCACGCCUUGAUGAUAUGCUAGAUGAGCUUAGUGGCGCCAUUCUUUUCACUAAAAUUGAUUUGCGUAGUGGUUACCAUCAGAUUCGAAUGAAACUGGGUGAUGAAUGGAAAACGGCUUUUAAAACGAAAUUUGGGUUAUAUGAAUGGUUGGUUAUGCCGUUUGGUUUGACUAAUGCUCCCAGCACCUUUAUGCGUUUGAUGAAUGAAGUUCUAAGGCCCUUCAUAGGAUUUGUUGUGACUCCGCAGGGCAUUGAGGUGGACAGCAGCAAGAUUGAUGCCAUUCGGGAAUGGCCUACACCGACGACGGCUUUGAAACAUAUUCGUACCCAAACAAAUCUGAACCGUCGUCAUGCUAAUUGGGUAGAAUUCAUUGAGUCUUUCCCUUACAUUAUUAAACACAAGAAUGGGAAGGAAAAUGUCAUUGCCGAUGCUUUGUCUCGUCGAUAUACCAUGCUGUCCCAGUUAGAUUUUAAAAUCUUUGGCUUGCAAACUGUGAAAGAUCAAUAUGUUGAUGAUGCUGAUUUUAAAGAAAUCUUAGCUCAUUGUAUGGAAGGCAAACCAUGGGGCAAAUUUUACAUGCAGGAUGGGUUCCUGUUUCGCGCUAACAAGCUGUGUGUUCCAGCAAGCUCGGUUCGUCUUUUGUUGUUACAGGAAGCACACGGAGGCGGUCUCAUGGGACACUUUGGCGUCUACAAGACGCAUGAGAAGGGCAUGAAACUCUCCGAGCUACUCAAAGACAACUCCCGCCUUGUGGCUCACCUCGACUCACUGCCUUUUCAAGAUGGCAGGCCCCUCUCGCCCAUCCACGAGGAAGACACCAUACAAGUCGGCUACAGCUCUGAUGAGCACACCUCACACCGCCACAUGUUCAUAGCGGAGGAAGGUGAAGGCAACCAGUACGCCAACAAACUACCCAAGCACAUCUCCGAAGAUGAGCUCACAGCCAACAUUAGCGUCGAGGAUGAAACCCAGGGGUGUGCCGAGCGCAGGAGGAACGCCACGGAGCGCCAACGCCGGAUACAGCAUGAUAAUGAUGCUGAAUUCGUACCAGCUAGAGAAGAAGGCUUUCAUGGCUUCAAACCAAUUGGCAUCACCAAGUACGAUAGCAAGCAAGCUCCCCAGUGGUGGAUCAAUUGUUACUCCACGGCUAUAGAGGUCGCCGGUGGCUCCAACACCACAGUUGUCUACUCCCCAAUGGCUUUGGAGCCCGCCCCACUUACAUGGAUCGAGAGCCUGAGGCUCCACUCCAUCGACUCUUGGGAGGACCUAAAGUGGAUCUUCAUCGACAACUUCCAGGGAUCAAUUACUUGGGUAGGACUCCGCAACAUGAUGCAGCAAUGGGCGGACCAAAAGGAGCAAGACCAUGACCACUUCCCGAGGCGUGGUGGCGACAAUGACAACAAUGACAGCAAGCCGGGGAACAACGACCGCAACAACAAGAGCCAGCGGGACUACUCGAGAUCCUCUCAGAAGCACAAGCCAGACGAUCUCAUCGUGGCUAUCGACCUUCCCCUGCAUGGCAAGAAGUCAGGCAACAUGCAUGAGCAGUUCGAGCAACUCCUGCACAAGUAG